UCACCUUCGUCUGUGGCGCUUUGAGUCGAGUCGGAGCGAACUUUCUGUCUUCUUGCGGCCGAGUGAAGGUGGACUCAACGUGGGUUUAGUUGUCGUCCACGGCCGCCGAGAUGGACGGAACUCUGCAGGUCAGCCAGCAGGUGGCGGCUUCCUUCAAAGCUUUUCUCAUGAAGAGCAGCAGCAAAAGCAACUUAAACCUGUACGACCACCUGUCCCGGCUGAUGAUGCGCGUCAUCGAAGAGCGUCCGCACGACGUGGUGGACGUGGUGGAGGACCUGAGCCACGACGUCAAGCUGCGGCUCUACGAGGACACGCAGAGCAACCUGCAGGACCUCCAGCAGACCACCAUGGCGGAGGAGCUGGCCGAGCAGCAGCGGGUCCUCUACGUCCGGGCCGAGGACGCCGAGCACGAAUACGAACUGAUGGAAACGGCUCUCCCCAACGUGAGCGAGAUCGCCUACUUCCUGGAGCAGGCGGGUGUGGGCCUGGGCCGGGAGGAGAUGCAGAGGGUCUUCCUGGCCCUCAAGCAGCUGGUGACCGCCAAUCCCAUGCAGCGCUGCCGGCUGUGGGGGAAGAUCCUGGGCACGGACAGGAGCUACAUCAUCGCCGAGGCCGAGUUUGAGGCGGAGGAGGAGGACGAGGACGGAGAGGAAGACGCCGCCGACGACGAGGCCAAGGAGACGGACCCCAAAGACAAAGGGGAGAGCGAGUUGGAUCCACUGCCUCAGUCCACCUACAAGCCCCCGCCGGUGGUUCCCAAGGAGUCCAAAGGGACGGGCGCUAACAAGUUUGUGUACUACGUGUGCAACGAGGCCGGCCUGCCUUGGACCAAGCUGCCGUCCGUCACUCCCGCUCAGAUCACCAUCGCCCGGCAAAUACGCAAAUUCUUCACGGGGAGGCUGGACAACCCCAUCGUGAGCUACCCGCCCUUCCCCGGGGACGAGUCCAACUACCUGAGAGCGCAGAUCGCCCGCAUCUCCGCCGGCACGCAGAUCAGCCCGCAGGGGUUCUACCAGGCCAUCGAGGAGGAAGGCGCCGAGGAGGAAGGAGGCGACGAGGACGGGAUUGAAGAGAACCCGGAAUUUGAGGGCGUUCCAGUCGGCGAGUUGGUGGAGUCUUUGUCCUCCUGGGUGCAUCAUACUCAGCACAUACUGCAACAGGGCCGCUGCACCUGGGUGAACCUGGCGGUGAAAAACGAAGACGAGUCCAACGAGGACGACGGCGACGAGAUAGAAGAGGAUCCCGACGAGCCCGAGCCGGAGGUGGGACCCCCUCUGCUCACGCCCCUCUCGCAGGACGCAGAAAUAUUCGAGACCCCUCCGUGGAGCCCCAGCCUGUCCUCCUCGCUCACCCCCCAGCACGCCAUCGCUGUGAUGCGCUCCAACUGCUGGCCCGGGGCGUGUGCGUACGCUCACGGAAAGAAGUUUGAGAACAUUUAUGUCGGCUGGGGGCUGAAGUACCCAGGGGACGGCUACAGCCCGCUUCUCCCGCCGCCACCCCAGAACGAGUACCCCAGUGCGCCCGAGAUCACCGAGGACGUGGACCCCACGGUGGAGGAGGAGCAGGCGCUGCAGGACGCUUUGGACGAGAAGCAGGCCGCCGAGGAGGCGGAGGAGGGCGACUCGGAUGAAGAACAGGACGAGGAGGAUGAUUGAGGUUAAUCAUUGAACAUGGAUGAUGUGAAGGUGGUGUACUAAUGUUUGGCCGUUGUUGUAGGAGAGGGAUGUCAGCAUAUUGUUGGAAGAAAAUCAAACCAAAAAACAGUAAAAAUGUCAGAAAAAUGAUCAAAAAUACUAGGGAUGUCCGAUAAUAUCGGCAGGCCGAUAUUAUAAUAUCGCCGAUAAAUGCGUUAAAAUGUAAUAUCGGAAAUUAUCGGUAUCGUUUUUUUUAUUAUCGGUAUCGGGUUUUUUUUGUUGUUUUUUUAAAAAUUAAAUCAACAUAAAAAACACAAGAUACACUUACAAUUAAUGCACCAACCCAAAAAACCUCCCUCCUCAUUCACACAAAAGGGUUGUUUCUUUCUGUUAUUAAUAUUCUGCUUCCUACAUUAUAUAUCAAUAUAUAUCAAUACAGUCUGCAAGGGAUACAGUCCGUAAGCACACAUGAUUGUGCGUGCUGCUGCUCCACUAAUAGUACUAACCUUUAACACUUCAUUUGACUCAUUUUCAUUAAUUACUAGUUUCUAUGUAACUGUUUUUAUAUUGUUUUACUUUCUUUUUUAUUCAAGAAAUUGUAUUUAAUUUAUUUAUCUUAUUCUAUUUUAUAAUUUUUUUUAAAAAGUACCUUAUCUUCACCAUACCUGGUUGUCCAAAUUAGACAUAAUAAUGUGUUAAUUCCACGACUGUAUAUAUCGGUUGAUAUCGGUAUCGGUUGAUAGCGGUAUCGGUUGAUAUCGGUAUCGGUAAUUAAAGAGUUGGACAAUAUCGUAACAUCGGCAAAAAGCCAUUAUCGGACAUCCCUAAAAAAUACAUAAUGUAAUGAGAAAAGGCAGAAAUGUUGAUUUUUUUUAAUUUUUUUUUUUUUAUUGAACAAUGUACAUACAAACAUAUGUUCUCAGGAAAGAAAAUUAAAGCAAAUACAAAUAUAGUAUUAAAAUAAAAAUAAACAAUAUGAUAAAAUUCAAAAAGACUAAAAAGGGCUAACUAAAUCACUUUAAUUUUUUUCAAUAAAGAUACCAAUUUAUGGGCUUUUGUACUUUUCGUUUUCCAAGAUUUCAUUGAUCAUUUGAAGCCAAUUAGAAAAUGUAGGUUUUACUUCCAGAAAUCGACAUUUAUGUAGAAACAUUUUUGCUUGGAGCAUAAUAACAGAAAUGUUGAUACUGGUACUACCCGUUGUUACUUACAACACAAAUAUUUUGAAUAAAAGUCUUAAGUAUAAAUUGUUUUUUUUUGUAUUUUUCACAAAAUAAUGCUUUACAUUUUUAGCGUGCGGCCCUUCGUGUUACAGGCUAUCAUUUCCCGCCCAAACAAUCUGUGUUUGCUACUAUUAAAUAAGUGACAAUACUGUUCAGUUCAGUUUCGGUUUCAGUUUAUGUGGAACAUGCAUACGAUACAAUGUCGUGCAUCACACAAUAUAUUUGUUUCAUUACAGCACGUCCGAAAAGGAGUAGGAAGAAGCCGAGCUUAUUUAAUCCUACCCCUUUUCAUACCAUAGCAAUUUUAUCCCAUUUCCUUGUUGUCUGUAACAGAACAGGGAACAAAUAAAUAAUAUACUAUAGUAAGCAUACAAAUAAGCAAACAGCUUCCUCCCUCAGGCCGUAAGACUCUUGAACGCAUUAAAAUAAUUCCCUCAAUUCCCCCCAAAAAUGGAUUAACUGGCUGGAAUAUAAAGACAAUAUACCUAGAGAUGUCCGAUAUUAUCGGCCGAUAAAUUAUUUAAAAUGUAAUAUCGGAAAUUAUCGGUAUCGUUUUUUUUUAUUGGUAUCGUUUUUUU